CAAAGCUACUACACUUGAGAGAACCUACGGGCCUGCGUGGAUAGCAUACGGGCAUUCCUUUGCAGUGGAGAGUGAGCACGACCAAGCAAUGGCUGCAUACUUCACAGCUGCACAGCUCAUGAAAGGGUGUCAUUUGCCGAUGCUCUAUAUUGGACUGGAAUACGGUUUGACCAACAACUCAAAGUUAGCUGAAAGGUUUUUCAGCCAAGCUUUAAGCAUUGCACCGGAAGAUCCUUUCGUUAUGCACGAAGUUGGAGUGGUUGCAUUUCAAAACGGGGACUGGAAAACUGCAGAAAAGUGGUUUCUUGAUGCACUGGAAAAAAUCAAAGCUAUUGGAAAUGAGGUGACAGUUGACAAGUGGGAGCCCUUAUUGAACAACUUAGGACACGUCUGCAGAAAACUCAAGAAGUACGAAGAAGCCCUGGAGUACCAUCGCCAGGCUCUGGUACUAAUUCCUCAAAAUGCUUCUACUUACUCUGCCAUUGGCUACAUACAUAGUCUAAUGGGCAAUUUUGAAAGUGCCAUUGACUAUUUUCAUACGGCCCUUGGUCUUAGGAGGGAUGACACGUUCUCCGUCACGAUGCUUGGACAUUGCAUAGAGAUGUAUAUUGGUGAUUCUGAAGCCUACAUUGGAACGGAGAUCAAAGACAAAUUAAGAUGUUACGACUUCGAUGUGCACACAAUGAAGACAUUAAAGAACAUAAUUUCACCUCCCUGGGAUUUCAGAGAAUUCGACAUAGAAAGACAAACUCUGGAUGAAAGUGGCAUAGUAACAUUAGAGACAUCACAUCAAAGGAAGAGCACAGAUACCAGUCGCCCGCUGGAAGAAACGUUCGAGAUUGAAAUGAAUGAAAGUGAUAUGAUGUUAGAAACGUCAAUGUCAGACCAUAGCACGUGACCAUAAAUGCUGGUAGAGCGCUUGUUUUGCCUAAGUGUAGUAUGUUUGGUUUACCAUUUUUGUUAUGGUGUAAAACUUCCAAGAAUUUGCUAUUUUUAUAUAAAUUCAAACUACUCCCCUGUACUUGACACCGGAGGAAUAAUGCUUGCCUUAAGGGUGAUUAAAAAGUGUACUUGACAGACUGUUUCUACACCAUCAAUCAUAUGUGAUGAAGUAAAAAAAAAUGAAUUCACUUUCUUUUU